AGAGGGAGGCGGAGAAUCGUUGGGGUCCGCGCGUCCGGGGACUGAGCUGUCAUCUCGCGGGCACGCGCCUUUUGCAUCCCAACCGCGUCCACCCGGGCCUGAGGGUGUGAAAAUGAAGAGGCGGGCAAUGUCCAAGGACCGGAAGCGAGUCAGUAUAGCCCCGGUCCAGCCAGAACUGACAGAUGGAUUUAUCAUGGAAGUAUGUGUGGAUUCAGUGGAGUCGGCUAUAAAUGCAGAGAGAGGAGGUGCUGGCCGAAUUGAAUUGUGUUCUGGCUUGGUGGAGGGAGGAACUACACCCAGCAUGGGUAUUCUACAAGUGGUUAAACAGUGUGUCCAGAUCCCUGUCUUUGUGAUGAUCCGACCACGUGGAGGAGAUUUCUUAUAUACAGACCGCGAAGUAGAGGUCAUGAAAGCAGAUAUCCAACUUGCCAAGCUUUAUGGAGCUGAUGGGUUGGUAUUAGGGGCACUGACUGAAGAUGGACAUGUGGACACCGAGCUCUGCAUGGAACUUUUAUCUAUUUGCCGUCCCCUGCCAGUCACUUUCCACCGAGCUUUUGACAUGGUUCAAGAUCCAGUGGUGGCUCUAGAAACCCUUUCGACCUUGGGAUUUGAACGUGUGUUGACCAGUGGUUGUGACAGCUCAGCAUUAGAAGGGCUGCCUUUGAUAAAACAACUCAUGGAACAGGCAAAAGGCAAGAUUGUGGUAAUGCCAGGGGGCGGUAUAACCGAGAGAAACCUGCAGAGGAUCCUCGAGGGCUCAGGCGCCACAGAGUUCCACUGCUCUGCACGCUCCCCGAAGGACUCCGCCAUGAAAUUCCGCAAUACCUCUGUUGCCAUGGGAGCCUCACUUUCUAACUCGGAAUAUUCCUCAAAGGUAACAGAUAUGGCAAAAGUAAGGACCUUGAGUGCCAUUGCAAAGAGUGUCCUAUAGGAUUAUUGGAUGCCCUGGGAGAGAAGUGAGCACACUAGGAUAAAGGUUCAGGGAGGCCUGAUGUCUGACGCUGCCAUGAUCCAGAUACUACAGCUUUACCUUCCUCUGGGCUGGGCAGGGGAGUGACCCUGGCUUGUCAUACAUGGACCAUGGAGAAUCUUUCCCGAAGAGCCACAGUUAGUUGGAGAAGCUGCUGUCUCUUGAUCUGAUUAUUCUUGCCAGCCUUCUUUAGCCAUCAUGACUAACUAUAGCUGGAUCAAGACUUUGCCAGAGGCUUAGUCUGCCCAGUAAAUGGGAUUAAUUGAUAAACUGGAAAAAAAAUUAAAUUCAAGAUUUACCUUUGAUUUACCUUUAUGAAAUAAAACUUCUCAUUUCUGUUGGA